AUGUCCCAAAAUCAUUCACACUCUAACAGAGGACGACACACGACCUCAAAUGAAAAUGGUGUCGUACCCCAAGAACGAUACCAGAAAUUGAAACGAAGAGUACGUGACAUACAAGUUGACUAUGAUAAAGUAUCUAAAGAACUGGACAGGUCACGCAAAAGAAUUAAAUCUCUCAAAAAAGAGAAAGACCAAUAUGAAGGUUCUGAUACUUCGGAUUCCGAAAAAUCCAUUGAUAUCACGUCAGAUGAAUCCACCGAUUCAGAUGUUUCUUCAACUCAACAAUCAAGGGCAUCAUCCGUUCGUCCGACAAAAAAACCUAGACGACGUACUUCCAAUAAAAAAUCGACAACACCUACUCCGGCAAAUAAUAUAGUCAAUACGACCCCAGUCACGCAAUCUUCUGGAAAAGUCGCCAAGAAACGAGCAAGUAAACGUCCCCUUAAUACUAAAACAAUGAAAGUCCAACAUGUCGAAAAAGACGAAACAGGAAAUUACAAGCUUCCGGUGCAAAUUGGUAUAUUAACCGUAUUAAAUCUUGGCUAUGUUGUUUACGACCGUGAAACCUUUCAUAAUGAAAGGUAUAUUUGGCCUGUCGGAUAUGCCGUAAAGAGAGCAUAUAAUAGCAUGAUAAAUCCAGAUAGUCAGACUAUGUACAUUUGUAAAAUUGACGAUGGAGGAGAAGGCCCCAAGUUCGUGAUCGAGGCUGAAGAUCAACCGAAUAAACCGAUCAUUGCAAAUACGGCAACCGGUGCAUGGACAUCGGUUGUCCGUGAAGCAAAUGCAAUCCGCCAACGAGAUCAUUCUAAUUCAGCCUCGGGACCUGAUUAUUUCGGUUUUUCACAAGCCACAAUUAGAAAGAUGAUCCAAGACUUACCCAACGCUACUCGCUGCAAAAAUUAUGUCAUCCAACACUUUGAGGUGAUGAAGUCUAGAAAUGGUGGCGGUAGACGAAGAGGCACCGGAGCUCGUGUGAAUGGAACAGGAAGAAUUGCCCAAUCUCCUGUUCCCGCUAUUCCACCGUCAAUUGAGGAAUCAAAUAGCAGUAACGGAGAUGGUGAUGUAGUGAUGUCACAUUCUGGGGGUGAAGUUGAGAGUGAAGGGGAGGAAUAA